CUUCUGAGCUCCGCCAAGGGGCACACUUGACCUUCCUCCUUCUCCUCUGCCUCCUCCCUGGGGGCUCUGCCAAGGAACGAACGGGGCCAGGGAGCGGGCAUGUGGGGCUCCCCUUGACAGUGGCCAGGUUUGCGUGACUCGCGCCCAAAUGGCCAAGUGGCUAAGGGACUACCUGAGCUUUGGCGGUCGGAGGCCCCCUCCGCAGCCGCCCACCCCUGACUACACGGAAAGCGACAUUCUGCGGGCCUACCGGGAGCAGAAGAACCUGGACUUCGAGGACCCCUACGAGGACGCGGACAGCCGCCCAGACCCAGACCCCGCGGGCCCCGGCGACGCCAAAUACGAUUCUCCCAAACACCGGCUCAUCAAGGUGGAGGCAGCCGAGAUGGCCAGAGCCAAGGUCUUGCUGGGCAGUGCAGGGGAAGAGGCAGAAGUUGACACCGAGUACUCGGACCCCUUUGAUGCCCAGCCUCCUCCGCCACAUCCGGAUGACGGCUACAUGGAGCCCUACGAUGCCCAGCGGGUCGUGAGUGAACUGCCGGGCAGAGCAGUGCAGCUGUACGACACGCCCUACGAAGAGCACGAGGAGGACCCCGCAGAUGGGCCUUCUUCAGAGCAGAGGCCCCGACAGAGCCGGCUGCCCCGGGAGGACGAACGGCCGGCGGAUGAAUAUGACCAGCCUUGGGAGUGGAAGAAAGAUCACAUCUCCAAGGCUUUUGCAGUGCAGUUUGACAGUGCGGAGUGGGAAAGGACCUCAGGCUCAGCCAAGGAGCUCCGGAGACCCCCGCCCAGGGGCCCCCAGGCCGCAGAGCGUGUGGGCCCGGCCUUGCCCCUCGAGAAACAGCCGUGGUUUCACGGCCCCCUGAGCCGGGCGGAUGCGGAGAACCUCCUGUCGCUCUGCAAAGAAGGCAGCUACCUCGUGCGGCUCAGCGAGACCAGCCCCCAAGACUGCUCCCUGUCCCUCAGAAGCAGCCAGGGCUUCCUGCAUCUGAAGUUCACACGGACCCGGGAGAACCAGCUGGUGCUGGGUCAGCACAGCGGCCCCUUCGCCAGUGUCCCCGAGCUGGUGCUGCACUACAGCUCACGCCCGCUGCCCGUGCAGGGUGCUGAGCACUUGGCCCUGCUGUACCCGGUGGUCACACAGAGCCCCUGCCCCGGAGCCCCUGCCCCUUGCCCUUCCCCCUGA